CGCCGCAGCCGGGGGGAAGAGGGGGGCGCUUAUGGCAGCUUUGCAUCGCCGCUGGGCAGCUGCUCGCGCAGGAGGAGCCCGGGCUCCGUUUCUACCGGAGGCUCCCGGCUUGUUUCGGUGCUCCCUAUGAGUCAGGGGGCGAUGCCCCAGCCUGGGGGGUGGCCUGGGGUAGGCGCCCCUGAGGGGCCUGACAUGGAGACCGAGACUACCUCUUUAGGCCGAGGGAAAGCUGCGGCAAGGGAGGACGCGCUGGCGGGACCGGAGGACCCGGGCUUCUGCCCUGCCCGGGGCUACUCCGGAGAGCAGGAGGAGGACAUAUAUCGUGCUGAAGAUGAAAUAGAAAAGGAAAAAAAAUUACUGGUACCUGAAAGAGGGUUGUCAGAGCCCAAGUUAAGUGUGGCCCCUGAAAUGGAUAUCAUGGACUAUUGCAAAAAAGAGUGGAGAGGGAAUACCCAAAUGGCAAAACGGAUGAAAAAGGGCUAUGAAGAAGUUUCUCAGAAAUUUACCUCAAUAAGGAGAGUCCGGGGUGAUAAUUACUGUGCUCUCAGGGCAACCUUGUUCCAGGCAAUGAGCCAAGCAACUGAUCUUCCUAUUUGGCUCAAGAAUCAGGAUAUUAUGCUGUUACCAGAAAAACUAAUAAGCAGAUAUAACUGGAUCAAGCAGUGGAAGCUUGGACUGAAAUUUGAUGGAAAGGGAGAGGACCUGGGAGAUAAAAUUAAAGAAUCUUUAGCUCUACUAAGGAAGAAGUGGGCAGGUUUGACUGCAAUGAGAACUUCAGAAGAGAGGCAGGUGGCUUGUGAUGAGCUCUUCCGAAACGAAGAAGAAGAAUAUAGCCUCUAUGAAGCUGUGAAAUUUCUAAUGCUGAGCAAGGCCAUCCAACUUUAUGAUGAUAAAGAGAAGGGAAAGGAAGUGCCCUUCUUCUCUGUCCUUCUGUUUGCUCGAGACACCUCAGGCGAUCCUGCUCAGCUGCUGAGGAAUCACUUGAAUCAAGUGGGCCACUCUGGUGGCCUGGAGCAGGUUGAGAUGUUUCUUCUUGCCUAUGCAGUGCAUCACACCAUCCAAGUUUAUCGACUGUCUAAGUACAACACUGAGGAAUUCAUCACAUCUUAUCCUACAGAUCCACCCAAGGACUGGCCUGUAGUGACUCUGAUUGCUGAGGAUGACAGGCAUUAUAAUAUCCCUGUCAGAGUGUGUGAGGAGACAAGUUUGUGAUAAAGAGAUCAAAAGAGAGAGAAACUUCUUAGGCUUCUGACUUGAAAUAUGCUUAGUUUACCAAUCUAAAAGAGAACUCUUCAUCCUCUUUGAGCUGGUUUUGACCUCACGGAGGUGUCCUAAAGCCUAAAUGUUUGCUAUCAGGAUUAACAUUGUAUAUAAGCUUUUUUUUCCCUUCCUGCUCCAAGGCAAUAAAUUUCAGAGGCCUUCAGAAUAAUGCACCUGUUAGAAGGUGUAAAAUAUAUGUCCUCAAUAAAGCAAAAUGUUCUAUAUCAUGCCAUCACAGGGCUAAUUUGGGAGAAUCCCAAAGUCAAAUCCCCUGUCAUGAUAAUUUAAGUAAUUUGUUUUUAAGUAGAGAGUAAACAAUUUUCCUCAAAUGAUGAGUCUUUGAAGUAACCUGUCUAUGCAUUGCAUUUGUUGGGACAUUAGAACUGUCUGCUCACUCUUGGUAUACCUCUGGCAUUUUCUUCUGCAUAAUGCAGAGAGAAUAAAACUGGGUUGAAACAUCU